AUGUUACCAUUACACUCUAUACUAUGCUCUUUGUUACUAUUAGACUCCACUAUAAUCGCGAUAUGGGUUUUCAAACCACACCAAAUUUGCAAUCCAAACCCAAACUCGCUUUUACCUUUUACUGGGUUCAAAAUUGUCAGACAAUAUAAAAUUACUGGAUUCAAAAAACCCAUGUCGAUGCAUUUUAUCACCAUAUGCCAUUGCAAUCAUGGCAAAGUAGAUUACAAAAAAGUAAUAAGAACGGAUACAAGUGGUGAUGUUGAUUGGGGUAAACCAUUCUGUAUGUUGAAACCAAAAUUGGCGGAGAAGGCGCAGACUGUUGAGCAUUCAGGUAGGGUACAACAUACAGUUCAAUCGCAUGCAAUAGACAGUGAUACCAAGAUGUGUAAAGCUAAGCAAGCAUACAAAUCAAGUUCAAAAUUAGGAAACAAAGACCAAGACAGUGGCAAUGAAGCUCACAACAGAUUGGACUUGAAGCUUUUUGAUCUACUUGGUUUUACAAAGAACAAGUACAUGAAAGUAAAUAACCUCAUCCGCAAGAAAUUUGAUUUGUUGAUGGAGAAACUAUCCAAUGGAAAAUGGAUAGAGUAUACAAGCAAAGAAAAGUAUCAUUACUAUAAAAAAGUACUUAACAACACUGACCCACAAACAGCAUUACUUUGGGAAAGUAAUAACUUGGUUUGUUACAAGAUGGCUAGGAGGAAGAAAUAUGCACGACGCAAGAUCUCCUUCUUUAUGCCACAUAGCUUUGUUGGUGCUCUAUACGAAUGUCUUUUGCCUCUUGAUUCAAAACAGAAAAUUAUUCAACAACUCUUUCGGGAAGCUUCUGGUGAUACAAGUAACUUAGAUUCAUGUUCAAAUACAGAUUCAAGUUUGGAAUCCUCUUUCAUGAUUCAGGAUUUCCAAUUUACUUGCGAUCCACACUUGUCUAUUCCCGUUGCCCCCUUACUUGCAGAUGAUUCAACUAAACAGUGGUUCGAGAACAAGAUGCACCAUUUUCUAAACCCAAGAUUCGUUCAAACAAUACCAUAUUUAACCACUUCUACCCCGUGGAACUUGCGAUUCAGCGUUUCCGAAACGAGCGAUAUGUAUAGAGACUCGUGGGCAUCCAAGAUUGACGUUAAUGAAAAGUAUACAUAUAAUGAGGCUGAAUUGCAUUUAAUAAGCAAAGCAGUAGCGUAUUCAGCAAACCUAUUAAACAAAUUGAUUGCUCCAGUUGACUUUAAUGAAUUGUUCAAAAACUCGGGUAAAACAAACGAUAGACAGAAUGAAGAACCCAGCAGUAUGAAUGGUGGCAUCGCUAAUAAUUUUAACCUGAAGCGGGUGCUUUCUUUCGAACAAAGAUUGUUUGUGUGGCUUGCGUCAUCGAGAUUUGCUAGAGUGAUAGAGAUCAUGAAUAAAAUCGAACGUCAUUGGGAAGGAUUAGAUGACCAGACUUUUCAUCAAGAAAGGAAAGACAGCACAAUAAAAAUUUAG